AUGUCGUCCCGACGCCCCAGUCAAGCCCAUAAAGAAUUUCUGCAUGAUAGCACUGACUCCCAGGGAGCCAUUUCCCAGCAAGGCGGUCCGGGAUUUUCUUUACCUAUUUCCGGGAUUCAAGGAGCAACCCCAAUCUUUCCAAGUGAUGGAGAUUCCCACCUGACCUUGCGUCCUACCAAGAGGGCCGCAACGGCUCCGGCCAGUCCCCGACGCUCUCCUAAGCGCACCUCCCCCGAGAAAAGCCCAUCUGCUCAAUCAGCUCCAGCUCAAUUGGCUUCAGCCUUCCAUCUAAAUGAAUUCGAUUUCGCGAUUACCGAUGCGACCACUCUCAAAACUACCAAGUCCACCACUGAUGCUACCGCCAUCGCUAACUUUCUGACUGCAAUGGAAAAGCGCCUGGCAAUUCCGCCUGGACAAAGACGCACCCCUCACCAGAGCCUCCAGUCCUUCUUGAUUCAGCAGCAGCUUGUCGCCGGUAUUCCUGUUGACAAACUCGAGCCCAUGAGUGGUCCUGGAUCCCGUCAAUCCCAGGGAAUCCCGAGGCUCUUCAACACGCCCACUGCGUUGACAUACUUCAACGAUGCUACCUACAUCCCAGCUAUUCCACCUGCACAGUUCAACGGACCUGUUACUCCUCUUCCAAUAAAUCCAUCGUUGCCGAACCCACCAUGGAUGGACCAGGCAAAGGAUGAUAGCAACCAAAGUGAUGACUGCCCCGCGACUUUUACCCAGGACUCGGUUACUUCGACUGGGUCUCCGAUGGUGAACAACCCCCAAACCCCGGAACAUACCACGGAAUUAUCUGCUUACUUUUGUUCAGACGCAGAGCAGGUAGAGAUCUCCCAUUUUUACACAACUCAUUUUGUGACUGGUUCUGGAAUCUUGGGACAGCCUCCUGCUGCGUCUGUCCUUGAGACUACCACUGCGACACUGGUUUACGAAUCCGAAGAUGGGAGCAUAUUAUCAUUGGGCAAGUCAAUAGGUAAAACCGAGAAGGAAGCCCGUUGA